GGCGCCCGGGGCUCGCCCGUCUGGCUGGGCGGCGCGGACCUGCCCGCCCGAGCCGACUGCGUCCUCCAGGAGCACACGCGCCGGGUUCACACUUCCUCGGAAGUGAGGACGCUGGCGCCGCCACCCCGUGAGACACCCUCCACCCCAAAUCUUGGGGUGACCGUGGUGCCCAUCGUGGACGGGAGCGGGCGUGGGGGGUGCCGAGGGCAGCGGCCCUCCUGGAGCCGACGGGGUCCUCGGCGAGCGGCCGCGGACGUGGCUUCGGGUUCCGGCAGGCCGCAGCCCAGCUGGGGCUGCCCGCCACAGGGGGGCCGCGUGGCCCGAGUCAGGGGCUCCGCCCUUCCCCCCGCCCUGCGGUGGGUGGCCCUCGGGUUCCCUCACAGUGCUGAGCCUCACAGGAGCCUGCUCCCAGCGCUGCCCCGCACCCCAGCACCCCAAGGCCAGCGGCUGGAGCUCCAGGCCCACCCACCUCAGGCAGCCAUCGACGAGUUCAAGCCCCAGGACGCCACCACCAACCCGUCCCUGAUCCUGGCCGCGGCCCAGAUGCCCGCCUACCAAGAGCUGGUGGAGGAAGCCAUGGCCUACGGCAGGAAGCUGGGCGGGUCUCGGGAAGACCAGAUUAAAAAUGCUAUUGACAAGCUUUUUGUGGUGUUUGGAGCGGAAAUACUGAAGAAGAUUCCAGGCCGGGUGUCCACGGAAGUAGACGCGAGGCUCUCCUUCGACCAGGCGGCCAUGGUGGCCCGCGCCCGGCGCCUCAUCGAGCUCUACCGGGAGGUCGGGGUCAGCAAGGACCAGAUCCUCAUAAAGCUGUCGUCCACCUGGGAGGGGAUUCAGGCUGGAAAGGAGCUGGAGGAGCAGCACGGCAUCCGCUGCAACAUGACGCUGCUCUUCUCCUUCGCCCAGGCCGUGGCCUGCGCCGAGGCGGGGGUGACCCUCAUCUCCCCCUUCGUGGGGCGCAUCCUGGACUGGCACGUGGCCAACUCGGACAAGAAAUCCUACGAGCCCCAGGAGGACCCUGGCGUCCGCAGCGUCACCAAGAUCUACAACUACUACAAGAAGUUCGGCUACAAGACCAUCGUCAUGGGCGCCUCCUUCCGGAACACGGGCGAGAUCAAGGCGCUGGCGGGCUGCGACUACCUCACCAUCUCGCCCAAGCUGCUGGGCGAACUGAUGAAGGACUCGUCCAAGCUGGCGCCCGUGCUCUCCGCCAAGGCCGCCCAGGCCAGCGACCUGGAGAAGAUCCACCUGGACGAGAAGGCCUUCCGCUGGCUGCACAACGAGGACCAGAUGGCCGUGGAGAAACUCUCCGACGGGAUCCGCAAGUUCGCGGCCGACGCGGUGAAGCUGGAGCGGAUGCUGACGGAGCGGAUGUUCAGCGCCGAGAACGGGAAGUAGCCCUGAGGGACACCGCGCCGGGGAAUCGAAUCGGGGUCUGACUGCACACGGGGUGAGGCGUCGCAUUUUGUACCGAUCAGAGCAGACACGGAUCAUAGAUUUCUGAUUUUAUGUAAAAUUUCGCUAAUGCAUUAAAACAUUCACUUCCUGUGCGG